AGCAGGUCCUCAGUCUGCUCCGCACCGGCCUCCGGAACGCGUCUCUCUCUCCGUCCGGGAUGGAGAAAGACGCCUCACCGCCGGACCCAUCCCGGCAGAGGAACGGCUUCUCCGGCGUGUUGUACGGAGAGUUCAGCGACACCCUGAAUUACGGGGUCCGCUACUCGGUGAGCCUGACGGAGGGCGCCCUGACCAUCCAGAGGAUCUCCUCCUCGCCCGACCGGACCAAGGUGGUGUUCAACUUGAGCGACUGCAUCGGCUGUCGGGCAUACAGAGGGCCGGACAGCGCGGACAUCGGCGCCUACUUCACGGCUUAUUUCUACCCAUUCAAGAGGCGCUGGAUGAGCGCCGGGGUGGCCCGCCAGAGAGUGGAGCAGUGCUUUCGGGUGGCGCUGGUCCAGGAGCCGCUGGUCAACCUGCAGGAGGCUGAGAGGUGGGCUCAUGCCAUCAGGGACGCCUCUCUGAUGCAGGCGCCUCGAAGAGAAGGUGUGAUCUAUACAGAGCUGAGGAGACCUUGCAGAACCAUGAUCCUGGUGAACCCCCAGAGCGGACGUGGGCAGGCUCUCCAGCUGUUCACCGGCCACAUACAGGCCAUGCUCACAGAGGCAUCCAUCCCAUACACCCUUGUCAUCACAGAGCACCAGAACCACGCAAGAGAGCUGGUGAGGAAGGCUGACCUGUCGCAGUGGGACGCACUGGUUAUCAUGUCUGGUGACGGGCUGCUGUUUGAGGUGAUAAAUGGUUUGAUGGAGCGUGAAGAUUGGCAGCAAGCCAUCCAGACUCCUUUAGGUAUCCUACCAGGUGGCUCUGGCAAUGCCCUGGCCGCGUCCGUCCACCACUACUCGCAGUCGCCCCCAGCCUGGAACGAGGAGCUGCUCCUGAGCUGUGGAUUCAUGCUGUGCAAAGGUCUAGUUAGCUCCCUUGACUUGGUGUCCGUCCAUUUGGCCUCCAGACAGCGUCUGUUCUCCUUCCUCUCCUUGGCUUGGGGCUUCGUGGCAGAUGUAGAUAUCGAGAGCGAGAAGUAUCGUCAUGUGGGACCUAUCCGCUUCCUGAUGGGCACCCUGGUGCGUCUGGCCUCCCUCAGAGUAUAUCAGGGCAGGUUGGCGUACUUACCUGCUAAGGAAACACUGAAACCUCCAAAAGGGAGUGGGAAGGACCCUCCGUCCACCCCUAAGAAGCCCUCUCUCUGUUCAUCCCUACCUUGUCACCUUCUUCCAAAUGCUUCGCCAAAGAAGAGCUCUCUCAAAAAUUGCAUUGAUACGAACCUAAACCAAAACUCCAUCACCAAAUCCUCCAAUGUCAUCACCAACACCAUUCUUGAGCCACACAGAAACAACAAAACUGCAUCGCCUGUAGAUUCUCUCCUCCCCAGCCUAGACCAGCCGGUCCCUGACAACUGGACCGUGGUCAAUGAAGAGGACUUUGUUUUGGUGUUGGCUAUUUACCAGUCCCACCUGGCUGAGGACCUGUGGACGGUUCCUGGAGCGAUGGCAGACGAUGGUCUGAUUCAUCUGUUUUAUGUGACCGCAGGAAUAUCCCGGCCUGCCCUCUUGCGUCUCUUCCUCGCCAUGGAGAAAGGUUCCCACUUAGCGUGCGGUUGCCCCUACCUUGUGUAUGAAAAAGUGAGGGCCCUGAGAUUAGAGCCCAUUUCACAACAGGGCAUGAUCACCGUCGAUGGAGAGGUGGUGGAAUACGGCCCUAUUCAGGCUCAGGUCCACCCCGGAAUGGCUAAACUUAUAUGCGGAUGAACUUGUGCUUUACUCUAUAGUUCUAGUUUGGCCUUUUAAUCUUAGUAUCAGAUUUUUUUUACAUAUGCUGUCUUCUCAAAAGUGCCAAAGACAAAGUAUCAGCCUUUGGAAAUUCCUUUAUUUUUCUACAGAGACAACUUGUCCUAUUUUUAUGGACUUCCUAGUCCCAUGUCCUUCUCUCUCAGUGUUUAGAUUCAGGGUCAAAGCCAAGGAGGAUUGCUCUUACUUCCGGCUGUUUCAGGCUUAGGGAAAUGAGAAGAGAAUGUGUGUCUAUGUGCAUACAAAAAGCCUGAUCUUUAUGCAUUUUUGUGCAUUCUUAACUUUGUGUAUAUGUGAGACGCUGCAUGAGGGGCUUCAGCAGUACAGUGGCAACAUAGGGCAGUCUGUGUGUCGGAUCUCAUAAGCAUGACACAUGAAGAGAAGCAUGUUUUUUCUUUCCUGGGAGACUUCUGGAGAAACUCGCCUUUUGGUUGAACCACUGUAUCACUACAGGCAAUCAAUCCCCCACCCCCUGCCGGGCCGCCACCCCGAUAACACAGCCUGCACAUCAGCUUAGAAAAAAAACACAGAAGAUAGAAAUCCUCAGAGGAUUUAGCCUUGACAGAUUUUUAAUCUCUCCAUAGUUUACAUGAAGAAAAAAAAACAACUUAACUUCAGAUUUGCUCAUGUUAGAGCCCCAGCCUUACCUUCCUAUAUGACAGACAUCGUUUUACCAGCUUACACUACACCUUCACCUCUCUUAUCCAUUUCCUGUACCCUGUUUCAUCUCUAACCAUCAUUAACCCAUAGGAAUUGCCUCCACUCAUACACUUUCUUUCCCCCUUCCCCCCCACCUCUUCCUAUGCUCAGAUCCUCACAUACACACACAUUCCCUCACAUCUCUGCAGCACUUAGCGAGGGGGAGGGGCGCGAUCCACUACUGUGCAAACGAUCCCCUCUCUUGCCAUCUUAAGAUUGUACUCUUGCUCCUCUGCAAUGGUUAAAGGACCCUAAACACCUAAUGUGUCUUUAAUAUUCGGGUUUACAUCUGUUAAAGUACGCUAAAUAGAAAGUCCUUUUUCUCUUAAUUACGUGAAACCUCUUAGUUGAGAUUUCAAACUCAUAUUAGGCUGGUUAAAGCACACUCGACUGGAUAAAGUGCAGAUUUAGGCGAGCCCUGUUAGAGCUGCAUAUAGAGAGAGACGUGUGUUAUAUAGAUACUGAAGGGAGGCAGGUGGUUUGCUCUUCAGUGUGGCCUCCUCUGUACAUGUUGGUGCGGUGGAUCAAUUAGUGCGCUGGAGCAGAGGAGAGUGCAAAUGUUAGCAUUAUCAUCAGGACACAACACAUGCACACUGCAAGUUAACCUGGAGCUACAGCACCACUGUGCAGCUGAGGUGUGUCAUAACCAUUUUAGCAGGUUUUCCCUUAACUGUACAACAAUUUAUGUCCUGAAACUUUACAAUAAUAAUAAUGUAAUUGAAAGUUCACGGAUCUCACACUGAAGAAAUUUACCUUUGAAUUUACCCCAUCCCCUUGGGGAGCAGUGGGCUGCCAUUGUGUGGCGCUCAGGGAGCAGUGUGGGAGGUUAAGGGUCUUGCUCAGGGACCCAGGGUGCAGGCGAUUGAAACCGGUACUGUUUAUUAAGCAACCAAAGUGCUGAUAUCUAACAUUUUUUAGGUAAACUAUCAUUGAGAGUGAAAAUAGCAGAUGCUUUGAGCUUUUAGGACACCUAAUAUUUAGCUGUGUUCUUCUGUAUCUGGUGGAGGACCUUCUAGCGACCAGAUUCUACCGGAUAGAGCAAAAAAACGAUGAUGAAUAAAUCCUCUCAAGGGAC